AUGAAGCUCAUUUCUGUUGUCAUUCUUGUUGCGCUUCUCGCAUUUGCCAACACGACUCCUGUUUGGUAUGCUGAUGAAGACUUUCCGAUCGAGAUGACCAACUAUCGUCUUGUCAGGAUUCCAUUGAGUCCAGAUAAUUCGGCUGAUUCGCGACGUUCUCCGAUUCUGAAGAGAGCAGCUUACAGUAAACGAAGAGGCAGAGAAUUGUUCGGCAAACGUUCGAGUCCACUUCAAGACGAGUUCGCUCCGGAGUUCUUCGACAGUCGCACUCGAAGGCGCGCCAAUGAACUUUUCGGCUGA